GGGGCUUCACCUGCCCACACCUGCAGGGAGUUCGACUGAAGACUGAAGGAAGAAACGCAGACAGAAACAACAAAGUGGGAACAAAAUGCUGCUGAGAUCAACAGAAUCCGCCUGAUUCACUGAUCCGAACUCUACGGAUCCGGACUCAGCUGAUCCAGGAUCGGUCCGAGUUCACUGGGAUCCUGAUCUACCUGAGACCGACUCCUUAAGAUUCCUCAACGUUCACCUGAAGCAGGAAGUGAAGCAGACAUGGGCAGCAAGGAGCGUUACGAUUGGCUGGCUCAGAACGUGAAGGUGAGCGGCGUGGAUGACAUGGUGCUGCUGUCCAAGAUCAGCGAGGACGCCAUCACGGAGAACCUGAAGAAGAGAUACAUGGACGACUACAUCUUUACUUACAUCGGCCCGGUUCUGAUCUCUGUGAAUCCCUUCAAGCAGCUUCCAUAUUUCACUGAUAGAGAGGUGGAGCUCUACCAGGGAGCGGCCCAGUAUGAGAACCCCCCCCACAUCUACGCUCUGGCUGACAACAUGUACAGAAACAUGAUGAUCGACAACGAGAACCAGUGUGUCAUCAUCAGCGGCGAGAGUGGAGCCGGAAAAACUGUCGCUGCCAAAUUCAUCAUGAGCUACGUCUCCAAGUAUCCCGAGGGGGGGACAAAGUCCCAGCACGUUAAAGACAUCAUCCUGCAGUCCAACCCCCUGCUGGAGGCCUUUGGGAACGCCAAAACCGUCCGGAACAACAACUCCAGCAGAUUUGGUAAAUACUUUGAGAUCCAGUUCAGUCGAGGAGGAGCUCCUGAUGGAGGAAAAAUCUCUAACUUUCUGUUGGAGAAAAGUCGAGUUGUUUCUCAGAAUCCUGGAGAGAGAAGCUUCCACAUCUACUACCAGGUGUUGGAGGGGGCGAGUUCGGAGCAGAGGGAGAACCUUGGGGUCACGACCCCCGAAUAUUAUUUCUACCUCAACCAAUCAGGAACCUACACUGUGGAGGACAUUAACGACAAGAAGGACUUUGCUGAUACUAUGGAGGCCAUGUCCGUAGUGGGUCUGUCUGUAGAGGAUCAGAAUUCGGUCCUUCAACUCGUGGCGGGAAUUCUUCAUCUUGGGAACAUCAGCUUUAGAGAAGAAAACAACUAUGCUGUGGUGGAAAGCCAGGACUUCCUGGCGUUCCCCUGCUUCCUGCUGGGCAUCCCUCAGGACGGCCUCUGCUCGAAGCUCACCAGCAGGAUCAUGGACAGCAAGUGGGGGGGUCGGACGGAGUCCAUCGCCGUGACCCUGAACACGGAGCAGGCGUGUUUCUCCAGAGACGCCCUCUCCAAGGCGCUCUACACGCGCCUCUUCGACUUCCUCGUGGACUGCGUCAACAAGGCCAUACAGAAGGACCAGGAGGUGCUGAAUAUCGGCGUGCUGGACAUCUACGGCUUCGAGAUCUUCCAGCGUAACGGCUUCGAGCAGUUCUGCAUCAACUUUGUCAACGAGAAGCUGCAGCAGAUUUUUAUUGAGCUCACACUGAAGGCUGAACAGGAGGAGUACGUCCAGGAGGGGAUCAAAUGGACGCCCAUUGAGUAUUUUAACAACAAAGUGGUCUGUGACCUCAUCGAGUCCAAACUGAAUCCUCUUGGGCUCAUGAGCGUCCUGGAUGACGUUUGUGCUACGAUGCACGCUAAAGGCGAAGGAGCCGACCAGACGCUGCUACAGAAGCUUCAAGGACAGAUCGGAUCCCACGAGCACUUCAGCAGCUGGAACAAAGGGUUCAUCAUCCACCACUACGCCGGCAAGGUGUCCUAUGAUGUCAGCGGUUUCUGUGAGAGGAACAGGGACGUGUUGUUCAAUGACAUCAUCGAGCUGAUGCAGAGCAGCGAGUUUCCGUUUAUCAGAGCUCUGUUCACUGAGAACCUGGAGGUGGAGAAAAGAGGACGUCCCACCACCGCCAGCAGUAAGAUCAAGAAACAAGCCAACAGUCUGGUCCAGACCUUGAUGAAGUGCACCCCCCACUACAUCCGCUGCAUCAAACCCAACGAGACCAAGCGCCCCCGGGACUGGGAGGAUAACCGGGCCAGGCAUCAGGUGGAGUACUUGGGACUCCGCGAGAACAUCCGAGUCCGCCGGGCGGGGUAUGCCUACCGACGGGCCUUCAACAAGUUCUUGCAGAGGUACGCAAUCCUGACGAAGGAGACCUGGCCCCGGUGGAGCGGAGAGCAGCGGCGUGGGGUCCUGCAUCUCCUAAACUCUGUUCACAUGGAUCAGGACCAGUUCCAGCUGGGCAAGACCAAGGUCUUCAUCAAGGCCCCGGAGUCGCUCUUCCUGCUGGAGGAGAUGCGGGAGAGGAAGUACAACGGCUACGCUCGGGUCAUCCAGAAGGCCUGGCGCAAGCACAUUGCUGUCCGCAAGUACGUCAAGAUGAGGGAGGAAGCCUCGGAUGUUCUGCUGAAUAAGAAGGAGCGCCGCAGGAACAGCAUCAACAGGAACUUCGUGGGUGACUACCUCGGGACAGAGAAUCACCCGGAGAUCCGGAGGUUUGUGGGCCGCCGGGAGAAGAUCGACUUCGCUGACGUCGUGGUGAAGUUCGACCGAAGAUUCAGGACCGUGAAAAGCGACCUUGUCCUGACCCCAAAGUUCUUGUACCUGAUUGGUCGAGAGAAGGUGAAGCAGGGUUCUGAGAAAGGUCAGAUCCAUGAGGUCCUCAAGAGGAAGAUCGAGGUCAACAGGAUCCAGUCUGUUUCCCUAAGCACCCUUCAGGAUGACUUUUUCAUAGUCCAUGAGGAGGAGUACGACAGCGUUCUGCAGAGCGUCUUUAAGACCGAGUUCAUCAGUCUGCUGGUCAAACGUUUUGAAGAGAAAACUCAGAAGAAGCUUCCUCUGAAGUUCAACAACCUUCUGGAGUUCAAGGUGAAGAAGGGCAGCUGGGGUCCGUUCAGCUCUUCGGGGUCCAGACAGAUCCAGUUUGUGGCGGGUCAGGGUGACGAAGCUCUUCUGAAGCCUGCAGGGAAGGUCCUGCAGGUCUCCAUCGGACCGGGUCUGCCCAAAAACUCCAGACCAACACGGACCGAUAAACGCAAGAGCCGCUAUCUGGGGGGCCAGAACCAGGCCGGCAACCAGUAUGACCCAGCUGCUCGGUCCAGACAAGGCGAAGCGCCCAGGGGAGGCUCCGCCCCCGGCAGGGGCACCCUCCUUAGGCAGCAGUCGAGUAUGGAUCAGCCAAGUCUGCCGCGUCUACAGAGCCAGCGUCCCCACGACAAUCAGCCCAGGGGCCACCAGGACAUGGGCUUCAUGAAAGUCCCCGACCAGGGCGCCGCAGGAUUUCAGCGCCGGCGGUCCAAGGAGGUGAAACCUCUUCCCGGGUCCGGUCGGCCCAAACCGGCCCCCAAGCCGAAGCCUCGGUCCCCCCAGUGCCGAGCGCUGUACGCCUACGACGCCCAGGACACGGACGAGCUGAGCUUCAACGCCAAUGAUGUCAUAGAGAUACUCACAGAAGAUCCCUCUGGAUGGUGGUUUGGUCGGUUGCGGGGAAGAGAGGGGAUGUUCCCCGGAAACUAUGUGGAGAAGGUCUAAGGGGGCGGGGGGUGGGGGGGCAGGCAGAGGUCAACAACAUGCAGCUGAGGUCAGAGGUCACCAGAGCUUGGAACACAUCAACUGACAGGAGGGAGGAAACUAUUCAAAACUCUUGUUCCAGUCUGUGGAAGGUCAGGUUGUCCCCGUUAGAAUCAGGUGUUCCUGUAACAAUGGUUACCAUAAGGUUAAAUGACCCGUAACCAUGGUUACAAUUGGGGUACAUCUUCGUAACCAAGGUUUUAAUGAGGUGACAUGUCCCUGUGUGACUUCAGUCUCUGAUCAUCUCUGAUGGUUUACAGCUUGAUCCAAUGUCCUCAGUGUUACCAUGGAGUCCUAAAAUGCGCCCCCUGGAGGCUCCAUGUUUAUUACAGCCUCAACAUGACAAGUGUUAACUGAAACUAAACGUCACACUGCAACAUUUAAAUAUGAAUAUUUUUAUUCAUUUAAAAAAAA